AUGGGAAGGUUGCGAGGAGGUCACAACUCCCGAGCUGUCCACUGCAGAGCAGGAGCAACGGAGAGCAAGGAAACGCUGCCUAUCCCUGACUGCAUCACGGCCGGGAACGAGAUGCCCCCGCAGUACAACCCUCAGGAGGUGGAGGAACCCUUGUACAAGUGGUGGGAGAGCAACGGUCUGUUCAAGCCUAAGGAGUACAAGGAGGGAGAGAAGAAGUCCUACGUGCUUCCUAUGCCUCCUCCUAACGUCACUGGCGGGCUUCACAUGGGGCAUGCUAUGUUUGUUGCCCUCCAGGACAUUCUUGCUCGCUACCAUCGUAUGACGGGCAAGCCGACGUUGUGGCUUCCUGGGACUGAUCAUGCGGGCAUUGCGACUCAGCUACUGGUGGAAAGGUCUUUGAACGCCGAAGGAAAAUCGAGAUAUGAUCUUGGAAGAGACAAGUUUCUUGACCGUGUCUGGGAGUGGAAGAGUGAGAAGGGAGGUUAUAUCACCCAGCAGCUCAGACGUCUCGGAGCUUCUGCUGAUUGGUCGAGGGAACGAUUCACCAUGGAUGAUGGUCUUUCUUCUGCUGUUGCCGAGGCCUUUGUCCGGCUGCAUGAGAAGGGACUGGUAUACCGUGGGGAGUACAUGGUGAACUGGAGUCCGAAUCUUCGUACCGCAGUGUCAGAUCUUGAGGUAAGGCACAUGUCACAAUCUGCUUCCUGCCUCCGUCUCAACCGUUUCCUUCCUCUCGGCUUAUCUCUUGUUUCUCAGGACGCUUUUCUUCCUGUUGCUACUACUCGACCUGAGACCAUCCUGGGAGAUACUGCAGUUUGUGUCCACCCAGAGGACGAGCGAUACAAGAAGUUCAUCGGAAAGAAGGUUAAAGUUCCUUUCCAAGACAGAGAGAUCCCGAUCAUCGCGGAUACAUACGUCGACAUGGAGUUUGGAACUGGAUGCCUCAAGAUUACUCCUGGACAUGAUCCUAACGAUUACGAGAUUGGCAAGAAGCACUCUCUUCCUACUAUCAACAUCAUGAACCUUGACGCUUCUCUUAACGAGAAUGCUGGUAAAUAUCAGGGGCUGGACAGGUGA